AUGCAUAUGCGUGCUACUGUCUUUACAUCAGCAACACUGCUGCUUCAUGCUGCUCGAACUGUGGCACAGUUUCCUCCCACGCCAGAAAAUGUCACUGUGCUGGAGUCAAAGUUCGGCGACGGUGUCUCAAUUUCAUACAAGGAGACUCAUGUCUGCGAGACCACUCCUGGUGUACGAUCAUUCGCAGGAUAUGUCCACCUUCCACCAGGUGAAUUAAGCGAUGUCAAUGAAACACAAGAAUAUCCGAUCAACACCUUCUUUUGGUUCUUCGAAUCUCGCAAAGACCCGGCCAAUGCGCCCUUGUCCAUUUGGAUGAAUGGAGGCCCGGGUAGCUCUUCACUACUUGGACUCUUGGUCGAGAACGGCCCUUGCUUUGUCAAUCCAGACUCAAACUCUACAACCUUGAACCCGUGGUCCUGGAACAACGAAGUCAACAUGCUGUAUCUCGAUCAGCCGGUCCAAGUGGGACUUUCAUACGAUGUACUGCAGAACAUCACCAUCAAUCUGAUCAGCGACGAGCUUACAUUACUCAAUGAUACAGAUGAAAUCCCCGAACAAAACCAAACGUUCAAGGUAGGAACCUAUCCCAGUCAAGACAUCAACUCUACAGCCUUUGGAAGUCUGAACGGAGCUCGAGCCCUGUGGCACUUCGCCGAAACAUGGUUCCAAGAAUUCCCAGCCUAUCAACCCAAUGACAGCCGAAUCAGUAUUGCCACGGAGAGCUAUGGAGGAAGAUACGGACCGUCAUAUGCAGCAUUCUUCGAAGAACAAAACCAGAAGAUCGCCAACGGAACGUGGAAUGACACAGACGGGGAGAAUUUCAUCAUCCAUCUCGACACCCUCGUGAUCAUCAACGGCUGCAUCGACCGACAAGUACAAUGGCCAUCGUAUCCCCACAUUGCAUACAAUAACACCUACGGCAUCGAAACUGUUAAUGAAACCAUCUACAAACAAAUGAACGACGCGUACUACGGCAGAGGAGGCUGCCGUGACAGGAUCGAAGAUUGCCGUGCUCUGUCAAUCCAAUACGACCCUUCGCAGCGCGGACUCAACACUAGCGUCAACUCCAUAUGCCAGGACGCCGAAAGCUUCUGCUCGGAGAAUAUUCGCGAUCCGUACAUCAAGUACUCCGGCCGCAACUACUAUGACUUCGCCACACUGAACCCAGAUCCCUUCCCAGCGCCCUGGUACGUCGGUUGGCUAAACCAACCACACGUUCAAGCUGAUCUCGGAUUCCCCUUGAACUUCACACAGUCAUCGUCCGUUGUCUCGCGCGCAUUCCGGAGUAUUGGCGACUAUCCACGACCCGGGUGGCUGGAGGACCUGACAUAUCUAUUGGAGAACAAUAUCAAAGUCGCCCUCGUGUACGGCGACCGCGAUUUCGCAUGCAACUGGAUUGGCGGUGAGGCGGUGUCGCUUGCUGUCAACUAUACCAAUACGGAGGAGUUCCAAGCCGCGGGCUACCAGCCCAUCCGGGCUAACGAUACCUACGUAGGUGGCCAGGUCAGACAAUACGGAAACUUCAGCUUCAGUCGUGUGUACCAAGCGGGCCAUGAGGUUCCUUCUUAUCAGCCUGAAACCGCGUAUCGGAUCUUUCACCGUGCUUUGUUCAACCUCGACAUCUCCACGGGAGAAAUUGAUACCGCGGCAAAUGGCUCUUAUGCCACUGUUGGACCGGCAGAUACGUGGCAAUUCAAGAAUGAGGAUCCGCCGGAGCCCCUAUGGGUGUGUUAUGCGUAUAGUCCUGGAGACACCUGCACUGAUGAGCAGAUUGAAGCGUUGGAGAAUGGGACGGCUGUGGUGAUGGAUUGGAUUGUGGAGAGUGAGAACAGUACUAUGCUAUACCCUGGGAUAUUUAGCUAGCUAGGGACCUAGACAAGGGCAUAGUGCGGAUUGUCGAUGUAUGUAUGUGCGGGUGUAUUGAUGAUAAUGAAUGAAACCUAUCUAGG